GGAGCGGACCCGCGGUGCGGCCAGUGGCGGCCCAGAGUGUGUCAGUCGGUUGGCAAGUCUCGCGGCAUUGCUCCGUCGCGUUGCGCGUGCAUGACUUCACGACGGUGGGCCGAUAGCGGACGACGAUAACGCGCGUAGUGCAUUCGCUGUAGCCGACGAGGGUGCGGUAGAGUGGUGGUGGUGGUGGUGGCGGCAGUGGUGGUGUGCUGUUGCUGCUUCUCGUCGUCGUCGUCAUCGUCGGCGGUGGUCGAGCCUGAUCGCGCACUGCUGGUCCAUGUGCUCUGCUGACUAAAAUGCUCAUCAAGGAAUUCCGUGUCACUCUGCCCCUCACAGUGGAAGAGUAUCAAGUAGCUCAACUGUAUUCGGUAGCAGAGGCCAGUAAGAAUAACACAGGUGGCGGCGAAGGUAUCGAAGUACUGAAGAAUGAACCGUUCACGGAUUACCCACUGCUCGGUGGAAAGUAUUCGUCAGGCCAAUACACAUAUAAGAUUUAUCACUUAGCUAGUAAAGUGCCUGCUUUCAUCCGCAUUUUACUGCCAAAGAACUCGCUGGAGAUCCACGAGGAAGCUUGGAACGCUUAUCCUUACUGCAAAACAGUUAUAACUAAUCCGGGCUACAUGAAGGAUAACUUUAUGAUCAUGAUAGAAUCCUUUCAUAUCGGCGACGAAGGCAAUCAGCAUAACGUCCACGAAUUGCCGCCCGACAAGCUCAAGAUCAGGGAGGUGGUGCACAUAGACAUCGCGAACGAUUCGAUUGCCAGUGCCGACUACAAGGAGGACGAGGACCCGACUAAAUUCAAGUCCCAGAAGACGGGACGGGGCCCGCUCGUGGGGAAGGACUGGAAGCACCACGUUCAGCCUGUGAUGACGUGCUACAAGCUAGUCACUUGUGAAUUCAAAUGGUUCGGUCUGCAGACCCGCGUCGAGGGAUUCAUACAGAAGGCGGAGCGGCGCCUGUUCACGAAUUUUCAUAGACAAGUGUUCUGCUGGAUAGAUCGCUGGCAUGGUCUAACCAUGGAGGAUAUUAGAGCAAUUGAAGACAAUACGAAAGAGGAACUAGACAGGCAAAGACAUCAAGGAGAAGUACGGGGUAUGCGCGCUGACGAUUGAGGCUUCAAUAGCUUCUAUUACGAACGGUUAAAUCAAUUUCCUUAUACAUGUCAAUACAAAUACAUACGCAUACCUAAAGAUGUACACCCUGUUAAGCUCUGUCAUAGACGAUUCCACUGGAUUCGGACGAUUCUUGGAGUUUACGUGUCUAGAUUCAGUGUCUAUUACAAAUUACUUACGAUUUUAAUUUAUUUUACAUUUACAAGCGUUUUAGAUAAAUGUAUCUACAGUCAAAGAUUAUAUAAUGUAGCUAUUAUUAAACAGAAAAAAAAAGAAGAGAGAAACGGAGGGAAUCAGAGUGAUCUCUGAUUCUCCGCCGGUGCAUAAUUACGAAGAAAGAGAAUCUGGUUUCGCGCGAGAAAACCAUUAUAGAUGAGUUAUGAUUACUUAAGGGCAGUUCGUAGUUCGAUAAUAAUAGUAUUGGAGUUCAUUAAACGGGCGACAAAAUGCUUGCUGCAAAGUAUAUAUUAAAAGAAAAACAAAAAAAACGAUACGCGAGGGAAAUAAUGUGAUUUAACAUUGCAAGUGUUUGAUCGUAGUUGAAAGUAGUUGAAGAGGAAAAAUCCACAGUUUAAUAUAUAUUAAUGUACAAUUGAAGAUCUCUAAAUGUUCCAUAUUAACGAUCCGUGUUUCGGUCCGAAACUAUCAAGCCAUUACUUCAGCCGCAGGUGUGCGCGCUGUAAUUGUUCGCGUGUUUUCGAACGAGAGAGUAAUGAGAGUAUUUUCUCAAUUCCUGCGAAAGUGUAUGUGUGCGAUCAGGGGGAACUCGACCCGAAAAAAUGUUCCAAGAGUCUUACAAAUGUAUAAUCUAUAUAGUUACUCCGGCGUCCUACGAUCACGAAGCAAGGUACUACGUUAAAAGGUCCCAGCUUGAAAUGAUCUUCUGUUCUUUCCGUUCGACGAGCACUAGACACAAGAGACAUGUAUUUAUCCCGUAGAAACAAAAUUAGGACCAAGCUGUUGGAUAUCUUUUUUUUAUUAUACUGCGACGCUAACGGUAACGCAAUUAAUAUAUUAUAAAAUACCCUAAAUUGUUUCGUGGAGAAUAGGAGAGGCGAUGUAUUCUAUGUAAAGUGCUCACACCGAUAUACAUAACACGUAACACGACUGUAGAAGCAAAGAGAGCUCUUUAGGCUAUUUCAAUAUUGGUGACAGUGGGUAAACGGCGGAGGGGUGCGUUAUUGUAUAUAAAAAAAAAAGGAAAAAUGAGGCAUAUAUAUACAUACACAAUGAAAUUUAAAUUCAGAUUAUACGACACUGUGAUGUUUCUUUGCAUUCCACUGGAGAUCUCUAAGCAUAACCAAUGAAGUAUUCUGGGGGAUGCUGCUCGUAACCCAUUAUGGACCGUACGAUUAUUCCUCGAUUUAUAGUUUUCUCUCUUCUAGAGAUGCGUUUUAUCUAUAUAUUGAAAAAGAAUAUCGCGACGAAGGAUAAAUGUGUGUAACGGGCUGAACGAAUACGGAAUGGCUGUAUGCAAUCUUCGGGAACCUGUUUUAAGAGAAUGAUUAUUUAUAUUGUAUUUAUCGCCGCGCUUGAGUGAACGCGAAUUCCGAGACAAGUGGAAAUCGAUGUCUUUUAAUGGGUUCAGCAACGUGUGGUCGCAGCAGCAGCAGCGUUCUCUCAUCUAGGGAUAGGAAAUCUCUAAUUAAA